GAACAUCAAAAUGGUCGUCCAGUUGAUGCAGUCCCUCGCCCUGGAGAUCGAGAGCGACGGCAAGAACGAGCUGGCCUCCUACGACAAGUAUGCGUGUUGGUGCGAGGACACGUUGGCCCGCAAGGCAAAAGACAUCUCGGAGGCGAAGGCGAUGAUCAACGAGCUCCAGGAAGAGAUCGAGAAGUUACAAGGAGAGGUCGCAGCGCAUGCCGCGGAGAUCGCGCACCUCGAGAAGCUCAUCGCCGAGAACAGGGAGUCGCAGCGCGAGGCGACGGAGGUCCGCGCCAACGAGAACGCCGAUUUCGAGAAGGAGAAGACCGAGUCCGAGCAGUGCAUCGGGGCCCUCGAGGCGGCCAUCAGCGUGCUCUCUGGAGCCGGCUCGGGCAAGAAGGGCUUCCUCGAGACCCUGCAGCAGGCUCGCGCGCUCAGCGUGGUGGACGGCGUUCGGGAGGUGCUCAGGAAGGCCAGCUACUCGGCACGGGUCUCGGAGAAGGACCUCGACUUCGCGAGGACAUUCUUCGGCAAGUCCGGGCAGUUCAUGGUCCAGCACGGCGGGGUGUCAGCCGCGCAGACGGGCAACACUCACAAUCCGUUCGGCGACUACGCCCCGCAGUCGGACCGCAUCGUGGGCAUCCUGAAGGGCCUGUACGACACCUUCACGCAAAGCCUCGAGAAGGGCAACGUGGAGGAGGCGGACGCCCAGAAGGCGUUCGAGGAAUUCAUGGCCACCAAGAAGGCCGAGCUGAAGACGCUGGAGGGCACCAAGGAGCAGCAGGAGCUCUCCAAAGCCGAGAAGGCGAAGAAGAUGGCGGAGAGCAAGCUCCUGCGCGCGGACACCCAGGCGCAGCUGAAGGCCGACGAGGAGUUCUUCGCGACCACCCAGGAGGGGUGCAAGGACAAGGCCAAGGAGUGGGGCGAGCGGGUCAGGAUGCGCACCCAGGAGCUCCAGGGCAUCAACAAGGCCGCCGAGAUCCUGAGCUCCCCAGAGGCGCUGGAGACGUUCGCGAACUCCUCCUCCAUCCGAGGGCACUCGCUACGCAGAGAAAGGCCGUGGGCCCGCAUCGCGCCCUCUCCAGCAAGGUGUCGCCGGAGCACUUCGUGGCCCUUCAGAGUCUCGCUCGGAAGUUCCACAGCAGGUCCCUAG